CAGGAGAGCAUCCAUCUCUCAGACGAGAACAUAUUUGUUUUUCUUGCAGAGCCACCUGACCUAUAGUGUCACACGAUCCAAACGGAUCCUCGUUGUGUUGGUUGUGUUUUAGGAGAUAGUUUGGUAAGCUCAGACUGGCACCAUCAUGGGGAAUGAACAAUCUACUAUUGAAGAGGUAAACCAGAAUGGGUCGAUUCCAGAAAAACAUGAAAAUGGAUCGGUGAACGGCAUCUCCGCAGGCAUUACAUCCAACGGAUUGGAGAUUGAUGUGAAGAGUGACAUCACAGUCCAUCAGAAUGGCAAGCCUCAGACACCAACACUUGAGACAGAAGCUGAAGCGGAAAGUGUGAUUGUUGAACCGGAUCCUCAGCCAGCUCCUGCAGAAGGUGUCUCUGAGUUCACCGACGCCCCCGCUGACAAGGAAUCGGUCAAGAAACACAAGGAGAAAACUCAUGGUUUUGGGAAACUCUUCAAAAAGAAAGCAGCUCGUAAAGCAGAGGAGGGGAAAGAUGAGGAUGGAGAGAAAGAAGAUGAGGCAUCAAGUAAAGAUCAGCUGGAUGGGAGUCAGGUUCUCACUGAUCCUCCGCAGGAGUCAGCAAACGUAACGCAAGAGUCGGCACCUGUGACUGAGCCAGAGAUCGGAGCGACUGCAGAGUCCGGUCCAGAGGAAGAGACGGUUCCUGAGAGAGAGUACGGAAACGCUGAGCCUGAGGAGAACCGAGAGGAGGGCGAACCAGAAGAGAACCCAGUUAUGAACUUCUUUAAAACACUAGUUACUCCCACUAAAACAUCCAAAAAGGACACAGCUGGUCCAGAUGCAGCAAAAGAUCAGUCGCAGAAGGAGACCCCACCUGCAGCGACCACAACUGUUGCACAGACAUCAGAGCAGCCUGCAGCACCCAAAGGAAUGCCUGCUCCACCCCCACCACCCCCAGAGCCGCCAAAGCUGGAAACCAAAGGAGAAUCAGCUGCCAAAGCCGUAAAGCCGACGCAAAAAGAAGAACCGAAAGCUUCCGCCAAAGAACCCGAGUCCUCAAAAGGAAAAUCGUCUCUGAGUAAAUUCUUCCGAUCAAAGGCUGUCAAGGAUGCAGCACAGCCAGCUUUUGAAGUAGAAGUACAGCCAGUUGUAGAAGUACAGGAGACAGCUGUGGAGGUACCAGAGCCUGUUGUAGAGGUGCAGGUAAAAGCACAGGAAACUGCUGUGGAGUUGGCAAAACAAGUUGGUGAAGAGGAGAAGGUGGAUCCUUCCAAAGCCAGCACUCUGGAGGCAGCGGCGAAGCCAGAACCUCCUCCGCCCGUUCAAGAGGAAAAGAAGCAAACCUCCAAAUCACACUUCAUGUCUUUCUUCAAGCCCAAAGCACUGUUAGAUACCAUGACCACAAAAGUCCAAGCAGCCUCCACAAGUGGAGUUCGUCUCCUCAAGAAAUCGACCGGCCUGGCUGCUGACCCCAAGAAGACGUCUCCGACCCCACCGGCCGCAGCAGAGUCCCCUCAGCCAGUGAAAGCUAAGGAGGAGCCAAAAGCUGCAGCCAAGCCGUCUGAGGUUGUUGCGGAUAGCAAACCGGCGUCUGCGGCCUCUCCGGCUGGAGACGAUGCAGCCAAUGCGGCCAAAAAACUGGAGAAGAGGAACUCCAUCCAGCUGUUCUUUAAAAAUCUGGGUCAGAAACGCCACUCUACAGAUGCUGGGGUCCAAACAGAACCAGCGACUGCUGCUUCAACAUCUGAGAAAACCAAAUGAGCCCUUUUAAGUUUCCCUGUACAGAUCCCCCACCCCUCCUCCCCCCUGUCUUUCUAGCUAUACUCUGUCUUCAUGUCUUGGUCAUAUUUCACCACCUCAAUUCCUUUUUUUUUUUAGAUGUUGCAUUUUAAAGAGAAAUGCUUUCAGAAGGAUUCUGGACAGAUUAGCACGGUGAUAGAUGAACAAUAGGAGAAACACUGACUAUAAGAAGCCAUGAGUUAAAAUGAAAAGUUGUCAUUUAAACAAAAAGAAAAAUAUUUCAUAACUUUUUCCACUUUUACCACCAGCUGGAAGCUGCACAGCUCUGGUUAACAAAGCAUAUAUAUAUAUAUAAACAGAACCUAAUUAUUGGGCUAAACACCUUCUUUCCAACUUGGUCUGUGUAACCACCACAUUCAGACUCAGUAUAAGUCAGUACAUGCCUUCCAUCUCUUAACAUGCCUUUGGUUAACCCCAGAUAAAGUUCAGCUCCUCUUUGUCACAGUUUACAGUACCAGCAAUGCUUUCCACAGAGUUUCCAAAGAGUUUCCAAAGCAUCAAGGGCAUAUUUUUGGGAGAAGGGUGCAAAAUGCAUUUGAUAUAACAUGGAACAAAGUGAAAACCGUUCACUCAUAGUGUCCCUGGACACAGUGGGUCCUUCAUCGUUAUCUCCAACAGGUUCAUAGCAACAGGACUGGAGCUACUGCCGCACAUGUGACAGCAAUCUCCCAUGUUCCUCAUAUGAUAGGGCCUGAUAUUUUUAUUUAAGAAAAACCUCCACGCCUGAGCUAAAUGUUCCAUGUGUAUGCAUCUAUUUUUGACUAAUAUGGAGGCUUAAGGGGGACAAAAAGAUGUCAGUUUGUUGUGAGGUAAAUAAAUGUACCAUUAAAUAAUGAAAUGCAUAUGUAGCAUUUCAUAAGCACAUAAUUUAACAAUAAAAUGUACCAUUAAAUUAUGAAAUGUAAAGUUAAAUAACUAAAUUUAGCUUAUAAAUGAUGGCGUUAGCCUUGAAAUAAAUAAAUAAUAAGUGAUAACGAUAUAUAUGGAGAUUAAUUUAUGAAAAAUCACAUUUAAUAUUAUUUUUAUUAAUUUUCUGUAUUGUAGGAAGUGUCAUAGAUCAUAACAUAGAAGGGAAGUGAAAUUCCAUUCUACAAUUUUCAAUUUUCCAAACCCUCCUUCCCAUCUAACCCAACCCCAUCAGAGGAUUAAUGCCUAUUUUAUUCCAAAAAUGUAGACAGAAAAA